AUGACUGACAGACUCCCAGGGCCAUUGUUGGCCUUGUUCCAACCUCGUCCCCCCCUUCGUUAUCUGGCUCCAACCGAUCCCGCACCAGAGGACUGCAAGAAGAGCACCAUCUCCGGCGUCGCCCAGUAUCUUGCCGAGGCCAAGUCCCACGCCGAUGAGGUCCCGUAUAAUGCGACUGAAAGCUGGCUGCAGCGAAAGGCGCGCCAGGACGCCGAGAAGAAAGAGAACCAGGAAAAGCAACUAACUGAAGGGAUGCAAAAUUUCGAUCCCCAGAAUGAUCCGCAUGCUCGUGGUGAUCCCUACAAGGUUCUCUUUGUUGCGCGCCUCAGCUAUGAUGUCAAAGAAUCCGACCUGGAGCGAGAGUUCGGUCGCUUUGGCCCCAUCGAGAGAAUCACCCUUGUCAAAGAUACAGUAUCAGACAAGAAGAAGAAGAAGCCCCACCAGGGCUAUGCGUUCAUUGUCUACGAGCGCGAGAAGGACAUGAAAGCGGCCUACAAAGAAACAGAUGGCAUCCGGAUCAAGGACCGACGAGUCCUUGUAGAUGUCGAGCGUGGACGAACCACCAAAGGAUGGAAGCCCCGCCGCUUUGGCGGUGGUCUCGGAGGACGUGGCUACACCAAGGCCAUGCCAGUUCGACCCGGUGGUCCUGGAUUCAACGCACCAUCCGGACCCGGUGGCUUUGGAGGCGGUUUCCGCGGCGGAUUUGGUGGCAGAGGUGGUGGUUUCCGUGGAGGGGGUGGUGGUGGUUUCCGAGGUGGUGGUGACCGUUUCGGCGGCCCUCGUGGCGGUGUCGGAUAUCAAGGUGGACGCAACGGCUUCGGUGGAGGUGGACAAGCACCCCCUAACGCUCCCUCUGGCCCUGGUGGUGGACGCAGUGGAGGCUUCCGAGGAGGCUUCGGCGGUGGUGACCGUGGUGGUGGCAGAUUUGACCGUGGUGUUACUGGAAGCAACUCAGAGCCCGUCCGACCCCGAGGAGACGGCUACGGUGACCGCGACCGCCGUGACGACCGCGAUGACCGUUACAGAGAUCGCCGCGAUGACCGCAUGGGAGACCGCAAUGGAGAUCGGGGUGGAGACCGCUAUCGGGACCGUGAUCGUGAGCGCGGCGGUGGUGAUAGGUAUGGUGGUAGCAGUGGCGGUCGGGAAGACUAUGGCCGCAAGCGACACCGUGAGGACGAUGCUGGAUAUGAUGACCCUCGUUCCAGGAGAAGAUACUAA